UUGUUAAACAAAUAUAAUUUUUAUCAACAUACUUUUGCAAUUACCAUACUGUUUCGAAAUAAAAGUUGGAUAGCUACUACGCAUUUCCAGAUAACUGGCCGAUUGUCUCCAUGUCAGGAUCAACAGGAGUCAUUGUUAGAAACAACCUUUAACAUUUCUAUAGGAUGUAAUCAAUGCACAGCUUUGUCAAAUAUGCCAAUGCAAAAUACGGAAAAAAAUGAGCAUAAUAUAUUAUGGACACACUUCGAUACCACACCUGCAAUAUCGCCCUAUCUUGCAACACUGAUUGUGUCUAAUGACCUAUUACAUAUUUAUAAUGACACUUCAAACAUUCAAAUGUGGUGCAGAAACGAAUCUAGAUUUCACCUGGAAUUUGCAAAAAAUUUAGCUGAAAAUAUCACGUUGUUGUUCAAAAAUAAAUGGUAUCAACGUUCGAAAAAUAUUUCAAAUGUGACUCAUGUUGCAAUUCCAAAUUUCCAUGACAAUGACAUAACACUUUUUGGACUUGUUAUUUAUAAGGAAACAGAUAUCAUCAGCAGUAAAGGUUUAUAUCCCGUUGCUCACGACAUCGAAAUAGCUCAGUUAGUAGGAUGUAAAGUGGCACAAGAAUGGUUUUAUGAUCUAAUGAACAAUCAGUCAGAAUUGUGGCUUAAUAAAGGUCUUAUUACAUUGAUUGCAACGUAUGGUGUUAAUAAGAUUUAUCCAGAUAAUCGAAUAAUAAAUUUAUUUGUUGUUCAAAAUCAACAUAUUUCUUUUUAUUUGGAUGGUGAUUUUCAUACGUGGAAUUCUACUUCAUCAGAUGACAAUUUAUUGACAAUUCGCAAAUUCAUCAGAGCACCCUUUAUACUGCGCAUGAUGCAAAUCGUUCGCUUAUAUACAAACAGCAAAAAAUCAAAACUAUUAUCUUUUCAAGAGGAUGGUUGGAUGAUAUUUAAUAUACAACAGAUUGGAUAUUAUCGCGUUAACUAUGAUGAUGAGAAUUGGCGAAGAAUAACAAAUUAUCUAAACUCUGUUAAUUACAUGAAUAUUCAUGUUCUUAAUCGUGCGCAAAUUAUCGAUGAUACAUUUCAUUUAAUGAUAGCAGGGCAACUCAAUUCCUCUAUAUUCUGGAAUAUUACAUUCUAUUUGCAUCAAGAAGAAGAUUAUAUAGCAUGGUAUCCUAUGUUUAAAGCUCUGGAACACAUGUUUAAUACUUUUCCUGUAGAACUGUCGGAACAAAAAGUGGUGAUAAAAAUAAGAAACAUAUUAAACUCGGUACUUAGAAGAUUCAAUUAUCAAGAAAUUGAUGCUAGUGACGACCUUAGAAAAUGUUUACGACAAGAAGCUGCAAGAUGGGCAUGCUUUCUCGGUGACUUUACUUGUAAGAAACAUGCCAACAAUAUAUUAAAACAACAUAUCAUAAAACCUAAAACACACAGAUUUUUGCCAUGGUGGAAGGAAUGGACAUAUUGUAAAGGAUUGAUGAUGAUAACUACCAAAAAUGAGAUCUUUUGGCAAUCAGUGUAUUAUAUAGGAUGGAAAAAAAGGACACUAAAUUUUUAGAAUACUUGGCUUGCCCUGAAGAUACUGAUGUCAUCACCAAUUAUUUAAGAUAUAUACACAAAUCUACAGAACAGGAAUAUCAAUAUCUUUGUAACAGUUUCUUAUAUAUUAUUACAAAGCAUGCGAAGAAUCAAAUUAUACUGAAGUACAUAUUAGAUCAUUUUAACGACAUAAAACCAAAACAUGUUGGUAUAAACGCAGCAUUAAUUAU